UCAUUCAGUAGCAAAUGACAUUGACAUAUUGACAAAAUCAAAUGAAAAAAAUUGGCGAACCAAUGUAAAGUUGUAUUGUAAAUAAUCAAAACAAAAACUACAGAGAAGUGUUGGUGUCUAAAAUAUUAUUUUUAUUUUUUAAACAGUUUACCGCAUUUGAAUAUAAUUUAUGUGUGGAUAUUAUUCGUGAAUUCAUUAAGUAAUGCCAGUCGGUCGGAAACGUUGGAACCUACAUGAUGGACCACAAGGAUCUCUGAGAAGACUGAGGAACCAACUCGCUGAAGAUGGCUGCGCUGAGUCACAAGUUGUCCUUGCUAAACAACUUUUGGAAGAAAAAUGUGAGUUAGAAGCAGACAAAAUAUCUAACUUCAAACAAGCUCUCGAAUGGCUGAUCUGUGCCACUGAACAAGCGCACCCUGAAGCAAGGAGAAUGCUAAGGCGGUGUAUUCGGAGCGGUGUGAUAGACGAGGACAGCGCGGCUAUAAUUCGUGCGAAGUCUUGCCUGGCAGCCAGUCGUCAGGAGACGGUCGCGAGGAAAGCUGCCAGAGACCUCUUCGCUAGCCUAUCCAACGGCGAGCAGUACAUAACUACGGCACAGUUGGAACGCCGUAUCCGCGAGAUAUGUAAUACCACGCUUCGAAAAGAAACAGAAGACAGUGACACACCCGAUGAUGAUUCACCAGAAGAAGCGCGAGCUCUGGACGGCGGGCAGGCCUUGCAGCCGUCCAACUUGCAGGCAGGCGACCAGAUACAUAGCAAUGGCACUAUGCGAACCGCCGACCUACCUGAACAAGAAUGCCCUGAAAGAUGCGUGCCCAAUGAAGAAAUACGUAACCUAACAGUCGAUAACUUGGUAUCGGCUGCCGUCGACUACUGCCAGGGGGAACUCCCAUUAGUCAGCUAUGAACUGACCCUAACAGACCCUAGUCUUAAAGCCUUAGACCACAUACCGUUACUACACCAAGCAUUCUUACACCCCAUCGUCUUUUUACAAGUCUUAUAUCUCAAGUUGCUAUAUUAUUUCGGAAGUUUUAAUUUUAGACUGUCAAAUGUUGAACUAUCCUUGUUACUCAUAGCGUACUUAUCCGUCAGUACGGAUAGCCUCUAUCACUUAGUUCCCCUAGCUAUGUACUACGCCAGUUUCGUCGCUAUGGUCAUCUGUACAUUCAAAAUGUUACACGCUAAAAGACAAUUUAUAGACUUCAGAAAAUGGUCAGGACUGUUUCUUAGGUACAGCGAUGGCAAUUUGCAACCGGACGAGUCGGAAAAUCUGUUUGUUCGGAACAAUCUCGGUCCUUUUAUUCAAUUCUUUUCUGCACUUUUCAUUAACCUAUUUCUGUAUCCCUUUAUAGCGACCCAAUGGGUACCCUUUUCCGAAUUCUGUGUGUUGUCCUUCUUUCUAAUGUUCCUUACGUUGAUUUCGUUUGGAACUUCGAUUCAAGGCGGCAGUCCGUAUCCAGAUCUCCUAGCCUUCCUAUCAUUCGGUAUCAAUGUGUUAGCAAAGUACCCGUACGAAAAAGACACUGUAGUUCAUCAAGGUUGGAGGUUUCUCGACUUGCAGGUAUCGAAUUAUCCGUCUUACAUACUGGGGAAUAGCAUCGAGUUUUGUUUGAACGCUCGGGUGUUUUUUUCUUUGUUGAUUCCUGUUAUUUUGUUAGGUAUGGCUAGGAGGAGUGGUUGGCAGGGUUUCUUUAAGUACGCGUUGCCUCAUUGCGUCACUUUGAGUUGGUUGCAGAUGUUUAUAACAUGUUCUCACGGUUGUACUACGUAUGGGUUGAUACGUGGCACGCUGGCAUUGGUCUGUUCGUUCUUGUUCUUGCCUCUGAUUGGUGUAGUGACGGUGACGUUGCCUAUAUUCGCGUUCCUUCAAUAUAUAACGAUGUCUCGAGUACUAUACACGGUGUCUGUUGUGGUCGGUUUCGCGUUAAGUCUAGGGGUGACCUGUCUUCUGGCCAAGUCUGAAACUACUAAGAAGUUUGUUACCCCUUUCCAGCUUAUUAUCGGCCUUAUAACCCUACUCUACUUAGGCAACCAAUUCGUAAUGAACCUACAAGACGACGGCCUACCAUCCAGCCUCAUCGAAUUAAUAAGCGAAGAGAAAACAAGUAUCAAGAACUUACUUAAAAAUGAAUUUAUCACUGACUAUGAAGAUAAUACUUAUCAUAUCAAUUGGGACGACUACUAUAACCAAUGUAACAUCCCAUCUUGGACGGAUUAUAAUACGGCUGCCACACAAAUCAAGUGUUCCAUACUAGACGGUGCCAACGUAAAUUGGGAGGGUUAUGUCAAAGAUGUUCAACUCAAAAGUGUCAAGAACCGAUGGCGUGACUUCGCAUCAUGGUUGCCUGGCUUCCUUCAAGAAUACUUUAGGUGCUACUACGGUGAAGAAUAUUCGACUUUAUGCCAAGAGGAGGAGGGUUUGCAAUCGGCUAAAGAAUGCGAGUUUGUUAGAAGCGUUGCGAGCCAAAGUGGGAAGAGCUGCCAUUUAAAUAAUUUGAACGAGUGAAUACACAUAUGAAAUAAGACUAGUGAUGGAGGCUAGCGGUGGUAUACUAAAACAUCAUACAGAAAUAUCCAUAGUCUUCGAUCACGGCUUUAGCAACUUCACAAGAAUGUUACGCACUUACGACAAGAUCCGAUUCAAAGGCGUGCUCUCAAACGAAAAUGCACCUUAUAACAUUGGCACUAAGGACAUAAAUAUAAAAGGAUAUGAGAUAAAUUGUCUAGAAUGUAAAGAAGCUCAAGGUACAGUCCGCGCCAAGGCACCGUCGGCAUCGAAAUUCUCCGAAUUGUUUAAAACUAUAGCAAAUGACUGUGUUGUGUCUACUAAGUAUAUUUUAAAUUUCCUGUUUAAUCCAGUAGUUGUUUUUAAAUAAAUGAUUUAAAUAUGUUUUCUGUUCUUUUCAGUUU